AUGUUUCCUCUACCAUCAUAUUCCGUUCAUGAUGUGGCUUCGCAUAAUAAGUCUGACGAUUUAUGGGUUAUUAUUGACGACAAAGUCUUCGACUUGACAAAUUACAUGCACGAGCAUCCGGGAGGGAAGAAAGUUUCAAUUGGCGGGUCGGAUGCAACUAAAAAGUACCAUAAAUAUCAUCGACCAUCAGCCAUGACGAAAUAUGGAGACACGCUGUGUGUUGGAGUACUGGAGAAGGAUCAAAAGGGAAAAGGGAUCUUUCACAGAAUGAUUUCUUCAAUUUUUCGCAAUUGA